AUGGCUCAGUUACAAUUACUAAAACUUUCUUCAAAUUUUUUAAGUGGGGAGAUUCCAAGGGAAUUGGGAAAUCUAUCAAUGUUGUUCGAACUCGAUCUAAGCAACAAUGUUAUCAUGGGAAAUGUCCCAACUGAGAUUGGACUUUUAUCUCGUUUGGCACAUUUGAACUUGGCAUCAAACAAUUUGAGCGGAUUGAUGCCAGUGCAGCUAGGGUCAUGCAAAAGCUUGUUGACCUUGAACAUGAGCAAAAACAAACUUUGGACAAGCAUUCCUCUAGAGAUAGGCAAUGCACAGUUCCUUGAGGUUCUUGACAUAAGUCAUAAUUUGCUGACUGGAAACAUACCAGGAGUACUUGGACAGUUGAAAAUGCUACAAGUUCUAAAUAUCUCCCACAACAGCCUUUCUGGUUCAAUUCCACGUACUUUCAAUGAUAUGUUAGCCUUAACUUCCAUUGAUUUGUCCUACAAUAACCUAGAAGGUCCUCUCCCAAAUGUCAAAGCUUUCAAUGAGGCUCCAUUUGAGGCAAUGCAACAUAACAAAGGGCUUUGUGGAAAUGUUAGUGGUCUACCGAAAUGCAAUUCUAUCAAGAGCAAGAAACGCAAUUCCCAUGUUGGAGUUAGAAUCGCAAUCAUCAUCUUUUUCUCGUUGUUGGGAAUUAUCCUUCUCUCUUGCAUCUUGGUCGUUCUUAUAAUCAUCAAUCCUCAUCGAAGAGGAAUUAUCAAGAGAGAGGAUAACAAACGGGCAAAUGAUUUGGAUUUCAUGCAUAUUUUGAGUUAUGAUGGCAAAGUUUUCUAUAAUAGAAUCUUCGAGGCCACAGAAGGAUUUGACUCGAAGUACUAUGUGGGCGAAGGAGCAUAUGGAAUUGUUUAUAAAGCCAAUAUAUCGGAAGGUCAAACGUUUGCUAUAAAGCAAAUCUCAUCAUCCCAGGACGAUAGUGAGAUUGUUGAUUUGAUACCAUUUGAAAGGGAAAUUCAAGCCUUAAGAAAUCUACGCCAUCGUAAUAUCGUGAAAUUUUAUGGCUUCUGCUCUCAUGUCCAACGCUAUUUUUUGGUGUACGAGUACAUGGAAAGAGGAAGCUUGAGAACAAUUUUGAACGAUAAUGAAAGAGUAGUAGAAUUUCAUUGGGACAAGAGGGUGAAUGUGGUCCGAGGAGUUGCGGAUGCUCUAUCCUAUAUGCAUCACGAAUGUUCACCUCCGUUGAUUCAUCAAGACUUGACCAGUAACAACGUUCUAUUGGAUCACAAUUAUGAGGCUCAUGUUUCUGAUUUUGGCACCGCAAGACUAUUGAGGCCAGAUUCAUCAAACUGGACUAUUGUUGCUGGCACCAUAGGGUAUAUUGCGCCAGGUACUUCGUAA